AUGAUGUCAAUGCGAGCCUUUGCGCGCUCCGCGCCUCGUGCCCUUGGCGGCCUCUCCUCGAUGGCCAUCAGGCGAUCAUCGCCAGCGACUGUUGCCCGGUCGGCCUCCAUCCUCAGAUCUUCCUUCGCAUCUAUCAAACCCCAACAGACCUCGGCUUUCUCGACCUCCCUCUUCCGGAGGGCGCCGGCCAACAGCGAGGUCGACGAGGAGCUGUCGGCCAAGCUCGAUAGCGAGAUCCAGUACGAGACCGAGGUCAAGGAGAACGAGCCUGAGCCCGCCAGUGUCAAGGACUUCCUGGAGAGUGGUCUGUUCGAGGUCGAGGACAUCGCUGGCAAGGAGGAGGUUACCCUGAGACGCACCUACGGCAACGAAAAGAUCACCGUGACCUUCUCGCUCGCUGACCUCGCCAACUACGACCCGGAAAUGUAUGACGAGGAUGCCGCCCUGGCUGACGAAGAUAUCGAUGGCUCCCGUGCUCCGGCUUCCCAGGAGGGCCGUACCGCCGGCGACCUUGCCGACGAGGUGGAGGACAUGGUCGGUGGCGAGGCUCCCGUCCCCUGCCGCCUGAACAUCGUCAUCGAGAAGGAUGGCAAGGGCGCUCUCAACAUUGAGGCUACAGCCCAGGACGGCGGCAUCAUGGUCGACAACAUGUACUACUACGCCGACGCCGCCAUGGCUCACAGCACGACCGCCGAGGUCUCCCACAAGGCGCAGGACGUCUAUCCCGGCCCACCCUUUGGCAGCCUCGAUGAGGAUCUGCAGGUGCUGAUGGAGCGAUACCUCGAGGAGCGCGGCAUCACCCAGGCGCUUGCUGUCUUUGUGCCCGACUACAUGGACAUGAAGGAGCAGAAGGAGUACCUGGCCUGGCUCAACAAUGUCAAGAGCUUCGUGGAUGCCUAA